UGUUUAUCAGCAAAGAUUUCUGGGAAACGGUGCUCAUGGUAACCAAUGUAAACAACGGCCAUCCUCCUCCUCCUCUUCCCGGCUCUGCAGCAGCGCCAAUUCGGGAGAAAAUGGAAAACAUGUCUCGCAGCGAGGAGCAGUAUUAUGAGAAGAUAACAUCGAUUCAGCUAAGCAUGCAUAAAAGGGAGAAACAGAGGCUGGAGCUGGAGAGGGAACUGUUUGUUUACUCCAGAUCUGAUAAAAGAAUCUCACAGAUAAAGUAUUCCAAACUGCACAGUUAUCUCAAGGAAAUCUGUGACAGGGAAGCACGAGCGAAAAUGAGAAACCUUGAGCUUUUGAGAGAUGUGGAGUGCAUAGAAAUUAGCAUGAAGGAAUAUAGUCCUGACCAUGGCUCGCUGCAACAACAAAAGGCUGACUUUCUCAAAAAGAUUUCCACAUUCAUGGAAGCAAAGAAGAAUAUAGAGAAAGAGCCUGGCACAGCGAAGGUUGAAGCUGUGCAGAGACGGCACCAAGACAGCUCCCCCUCUCAACCAGUUAGGGAUUUUACACAAGCACCAGCGGUAAUUUUUAUGGGCCGCCAGACCUCCAGAGGGUCUGACGCUGAAGCUGGCACCACAAGUGUACUCUCACACCAAGCAUUGCAUCGUUCACCCAAUCGCAGCAUGCACUCCCGCGAACGUCUACCAAGUGGCCUUUUGAAGGACUUCAGAGUUGGCGGAGAGGAUGCCGCCAGCAACCGAGCACAUUUAUCAGAUGACAUUUCAGGCUCAAACGAUUCCCCCGACGGCUGUAAUUUGAGUGACAAACAUGAAAGAACGAUGGCGAUGCUCCCAUCUAUCCGUGCCUUAACAGGCUCAUCUGGCAAUGUGCCUUUUGGAAGUGAUGAUGAACCAGAACCUUCACCUCUGGUGACCUUGACGGGGCCUGAGAAGAAUGUGUUGCCCGGCAGCAGUAGACUCAUGAAGGCUAAGAAUUCCAAAGCAGAGCACACUGACUCUCGAGAGGUGGCUCAUCAGACACCCAUAAAGGAAGAUGGAGAGAGAGCUCUCGGCCAUUUCAUGCCUCAAGCCACUUUUGGAGAAGAAGCUCAAGAUAUACCAGGUAGAUGUGAGAGCGUGAGCUCUGAUGUGCAGCUGUCAGAGAGCAGUGCUAGUGACCUGUCCAUAUCCCUGACACAAUCUGAGCUGGAAGAGGAUCCGCCAGAGGGUUUGUCACCUGAGCAAAAUGCCACUUCUGAAGGGAGUGAUUAUCCCGAUCAGCACAGUCCUGAAUCAUCCCUAUACUCACAUGGGUGCGAGAACACACCACAGUUAAACUGUAAAUCCUCAGCUCCAGCGGUGACCUUGGAAAGUCUCUCCCAGGAAGGACUCUUCAAUCUGCUACACAACAUCGAAGGACGACUCCUUGGUGAACAGACACGUGUGUACGUCGAUGCUUCGAUUGAUGGAAGACAACUCAACAGAAUUAUCCGCCUUUGUAACGGCGGCGCGAGCGUGAAUGACGAGGACCUUAAAGCAUGUGGAGCAGUCAUCCUUCAUGAGCUUCAGAGGUUGUCAUGGAGCACAGCAAAGGGCUGCCUGCUACCACAGGAUAUAGUGAGUGCUCACCAGUCCAGCACUGAGCCAAAUGAAAUAAGCACCAGCCUCCCUCCUGAUGCCGCUCGGCUGUGGGAUCGCUGGUUCAAGCACGCCCUUCUACUGAAGGAGCACCGUGUCCUCAGCACUGAGCGCUUGGUCCAGCUGUUCACGCCGCUGCUGCUGGAGCGCCAUGCCACCUACAGCCACCAGGCCAAAGUGCUGCUGAGGACACUUGUGUCCCGGUCCAGUGAGGAGUGCCCCUCAGCGGAGGACGAGAGUGACUUGUCUUCUUCGUGUGGUCGUCCUUCUCCCCUGGCCGACGGUGAGGAGAAGCCCGCCAGGCCGGUACAGAAGCAACCGAUCCAAGAACUACAAAGUACUGAAGAGGAGAGCCAGGACGAAAGCCCUGUGGAAAGUGUUCCUAUUAGAGAAACAAAAGCAUAUCAGUUACUUAAACAAUCAGCCAUGCAGGAAAGGCUGCAGAGUUCUGAAGAGGAGGAGGAGGAGGACGAUGGCCUCUCAGGAAUAAAUCAUGGCCAUGAAGAGGACCUGGGGAGGGCCAAACGCUCCUCACAUCAAGACCCUUACCCUCGGAAAGAGAAGUCUAACUCAAAGGCUCAUUCUACUCUACAGUCCAAAGCUUUCUGGGGGGAAUCGGAUGACAGCAACUCAGAGAUUGAAGCAGCCUUACGUCCUCAACCUUUCAACACAAACAACGGUGACAUUGAUGACUUCAGUGACUGAUAUUUCCCCCCAGAUAUUUUUUAAAUGCACUACAUUAUAUCGCUGCAAAAUUUCAGGCCGUUUGGCUCAGAGUAAUUCACCCCCUGACCAUUCUUUUAGUGGUCUGCAUUGUAAAUCAUAUGCACACUGUAUCGUAAAAACAAAUAAUAAAGUUGACAGCUCUCACGCUGGGUAAAGUAUGUUAAGAGUUGUCCAACACUCUGAUGUUAACCCUGCUUCAGUCUCUUUAUCUGAACAACUCUCCCAGCUCAUAAUAACAGCUCGAAAUAGAUUAAACUGAUCUUUUAAAGCGAUUUGUUUGCACUAGGCUGAAAAUCAUGCAUUUUGAAUGCCGCAAGCAUCUCCGAGUGCUCUACCUCCAGCAUGCUCGAGUGUAGUGAUGUGAGUCACCUGUGAAAUGACAAAGCACAAUGGCCACUCUGCACGCUGCUGCGCGACCUGUGAACCUGCUGAAGAGGCCCAUCUCCCAGGGCACAAAGUGUUGCAAGCGCUAACAACCUCCGAAUAUUUAGAACCUCCAACAAACGCUCUGCACAUAUUUUCACAGCUGCUUCUUUAACAAUCAUGCUACAGAAAACACAAAGACGAAUUUGUCUGUAUUAUUGUGCAAAUGAGUCACGAGUAGCAGGAUUGUUGCUGAAACCACACAAUAGUCUUCUGCCAUUUAUCAUUUUGCAGCACAUUGAAUGUUCUGUAUCUAUAAAUAACUCCUGUGUGGGAAGCUACAUUCCCAAGUUUACAUUUAUAGUUCAUUAUGUCUGUAGUGUAAAUUUCCAAAACUGCCAUUCUGGGAUGUGGUAAAAGCCCCCUGGCAUUCAGUGUCAGCAGGAUUCCAUUAGACAGCUUUAGGUGACUUUACAUGCCUGAACCUUUUAAAGUAGGACUCCACAUUCAUUACCAAUAAUGGCUUCAGACAGCCCUGACCCACCACAGAAAUGGGACCGUGGCAGAAUAAUUUGGAGUUUGCUAAAAGGCUCCCUAACAUAAUAUCCAUGUUAAGGAGCAUGUCAACAGAUACUUGUGUGCGACAGAUAGCUCACGGUAGAAGCGGAGUUAUAUCGUACUAAUGUGUACUAACACUAAUAUUUUAAAAAAUAACUUUUCUGAUUCCAUGCCAGAGAGACGAUGAGGAUGAUAUUCGGCUCGUUCUUUUCAGAGCCGGUGUGUCAUGGGAGGUUUUUAUCUUGCAGUUAAGGGGCGUUAUACGUACAGUGACUGACUCAAUUACAGUAUCGGGUUUGCAAUGUUACUUUAUCUAUUGUGUUUCAGGUUGACAUUAGACAGAGCUCAGUUCUUACAGAUGUGGUGUUGUGAAGGUGAUCCAUGUUUAUUUUGACUGGAUAGAUAGUGUCUCCAGAUACAGAUCGCUUCAAGAGUGAGGGAGGAUGGAAAAAAGAUGUAUACCAUGUGCUACAAUACCACUUGUGAUUGCAAAACAUCUCAUUUUAAUUUUGCUCUUAAAUAUUUCCAAUGAACCGAAUUCUUCUUAAUAAUAGGAAACGUUUUUUUCAGCUUCAGAGAACAUGGGAAUCUGAGAGAAACCUCUUAAACCUUUAACCUUUUUAGAAUGUGCUCUACCUGCACCUUUUUGGAUGUAGGGCAACUAACAAUUAUUUUCAUUAUCGAUUAUUCUGCAGAUUAUUGAAAAGAGUUGAGAGAUUGAAAAGAAUGUCAGAAAAUAUCCCAGUUCCUCAGUCCAAGGGGAAGUCUUUAAAUGUCUUGUUUUGUCUAAAACCCAAAGAUAUUUACUUUAAUAUGAUAUAAAACAGAGAAAAGCGGGACAUCUCCAUAUUUGAGAGACUGAAAACAACAUUCUCUGACAUUUUUGCAUGAAAGAUUUAUAGAUUAUAGAAAUACUUGUUAAUUAUUUUCCUGUUGAUUGACUAAGCUAUUAUUUGACCACGCGUUGCAACUCUAUUUGAAUGAUUCAGUCAAUUCGCAGGACCAAUAAGAGUCACAACCCUGAAGAUGUAAUGUUACGCUGAUACUGGUGACACUGAAAUGUUCAGAAAUGAUUGAACAAAGUUAAUGGCUUGUAUAAUUCAGCUGUAAAACAUCUUGAAAUAAUAUUUCAAAAUUGCUCACCUUUGUGCGGCUAUAUGAUUUUUUUAUAUUGACACUGUUGACAAUGUCAAAACAUUUUUGCUUAAGAUAAAUGUCAAGGAAACAUACUCCACAAACUCACUAUCUUAUCCUAUUCAUUACGUUACCUAUUCAAACAUGUCCUUUAUUAAUGCUUUUAAAGUAUGACUGCAGCAGAAACUGACACUUUCGUAAAAGUCAACAUGCAUGACAUUGGAAUGGAUUAUAAAAUGAAUAGGAGGGUAUAGACUCUUAACAUUUCCUCGUGUGUCUCUAUACCAGGGGGUCUGUAACCUGCGGCUCAGGAGCCACAUGCGGCUCUUUAACCCCUCUGUAGUGGCUCCCUAUAGCUUUCACAAAACAAAAACAUGGAACUAAAUAUUUAUUUCUAUGUAUUUUUUGUUGCA